AUGAAAGUGAUCAAGAGACGCCGGUCCAUCAAGUCAUGCAAAUACUGCUACGAGCAUAAGCUUCGGUGCAACAAAGAGCAGCCGUGCAACAGCUGUAAAAAGCAUGAAAAAUCUGAACUGUGCGUCUAUGGUUUUGAUAAAGUAGACCCCGGUUCUAAAUUGCCCACGUCCAGCAGGAUUCACAAGGUACGUGACAAAAAGGUCGCCAGAAGCACGCAUGCCCACAAAAUACCCAAUCCUUACUAUCCUUACUUACUCGAGGCCCAAGAAGCGAAUCUGUUAGUAGAAAACAAUGUAAGUCAAGCCACUGCUGGCGACGAUGAUAAAUUGAGAAGAAAUGCAAUUACUCGCUUCGACCGACUUGGAGUGUGCACUAUUCCUUUUGAAGAAAUACUGAGCAUGAUACCCGAAAGCCAAUCGUCAAUGAGCCUUUUAGUAGACACAUAUUUCCACCGCAUCAAUCCCAUCAUUCCUCUACUGGACCGGGAUGCGGUUCUUCACGAAAUCAAAUCUAUCUAUAAUAAACAUCGUUCAGGCCAAAAAGUAUGCGAGGUGGACUUUAUUAUCAUGUUUGCAAUUCUUUUCAGUGUGGCAUAUUCUCACGUCGCAGAAGGACAAAUAUCAGAUUUGCUGCUAUGCAACAAAUAUUAUGCAGCCUUCCAGGCUCUUUUAUGCUACAAUCAGUUUCCUUACAAAUCGUCUAUCCCUGCUAUACAGGGUAUAGUUAUUGUGAACUUUGUUCUGGAUCCUAAUAUGGUUGGAACUCUCGCAUUAUCCGCAAUUUCACUACGCCAAGGACAGCAGCUUGGUAUCGAUAGGCAGAUAAAGCGCCUACCAAAAGGUAAUGAAAGACUUUAUUUGCAAACAUUUUGGCAUUUUCUUCUGUAUUUCGAAGGGUCUUCUUCAGUUGUUGCAGGUCUUCCCUUUUUGCACUCAGCGCAAUUAUUUGACUCAAUCGAACUGCCAGACGCUUGUCACAGUCCCGCUCCUUCAUACAUAGCAUUUGCGAACGGGAGGUUUUUAAUUAACAGACUAUUCCGAACAAUCAUGCACUACAAAGAGACUGAAACUAUACCAAUCGAAGAAUCAUUGAAAGAGGUAGAAAGGGAGCUUGCCGAACUUAAUAAACAAGUACAGCAUAUUUGUGUCAAGAUGGGCGAGCUAAGUAAUGACCAAGGAACCUAUUUGGUUAGUAGCUUACGAAUUUUCUUGCUAAGAGCUUACCUAAGGUUCAAGGCAUUGUUUGCAUCAUCAACUAAACUUCCAAUAUCCACAAUGCACAACGAAACUUUUUGCAAGGACCGACUGACAAUCAUAGAUGAGCUCAUAGAAUAUGGCGCAUGCGUAGAUAGAGAAACAGCCGAACUUUCCAUCGUCUUACUUUUCUAUACGCUCGAGCGGCUUACGCUCGAUAGCUGUUCAAGAUUUACAUGGUACUCUAGGGGUUCCACCGUAAUGCAGUAUCUGUUUAUCAUAUUGAAAAACAUUCACCAGCACCCUAACGAAAUAUAUGAUUUUUCUAGGUCUGACAAUAAAAUACCUGUGAUCAUUUCUAAGAACAUCCUUGCAUGCAUCAAUGUCGAUAAAUCAAGUUUCAGAUACGUCUUGAUUGAAGAACUCUUCAAAAUUCUAGAGGUCAAGCUAGCUCCGCUUUGGGAUGACAGCGACCUCAACAUGUUUGUUUUGAUGCGCUCGAUAAAAGACAGAAUUUGGGAUCUAAAUAAAGAGUCUCUUAAUGCUAAAAGCUCUCAGUUGAAAUCCAUUAGGUCUUGUCCCUUGUUUCAAUCAUGUCAUACCAAGGUGGACGAUUUGCGUGCUGUUAGCUUUGAAAAGUGCUUGAAACGCUGGGAGUUUGAAAGCAUUACAUUUGAGUCCGAAAAGAUUAUGAGCUGGUUAUCCGAUAUAUGA